AGUUGUGAAUGUGAGAGUAUGCAUGAAGGUGAAGUGCGUACGGGGUAAACGUGUAUGUUUUUACUCUUUUAACCCUCCGAUUAUCUUCCAGUUGGAUAUUGACCCACGUCAGUUAUAUGUAGGCCGUUUUUGACCACAAAAACUCACUUUUAGCCCAACUGUCGAGGAAGCGGUUGCAGACGACCGAGCAUCGGGAGUUGGUUGAAGGUAAAGCCGCGCUGAGACGUACUAAGGUCGGACAGCCUGGCUGACUGCUCCCGCUGAUCUCACACCAACCCGCAUGAGCUCCACAAAGACACGAACAAUAACACUGCUGCCCAGCCUGGUGGAUCCCGGAGAGCAUGAGUCGAGAUGGGCCAGAGAGACACACUGGUGCAUCUGUAUGCUGGAGGAUGUGGGGGAACAGUUGGCGCAAUCUUGACAUGUCCGUUAGAGGUGGUUAAGACGAGGCUUCAGUCUUCUUUAGUAACACUCUGCCUCUCUGAGGUGCAUCUGAGCACAAUGAAUGGAGCCAGUGUGGCCCCUCCAGGGCCCCUUGAUAGCCUCAGGUUAAUUCUUGAGAAGGAAGGGCCCCGCUCUUUGUUCCGGGGCCUGGGGCCCAAUCUAAUCGGAGUAGCUCCUUCAAGGGCCAUCUACUUCGCUGCGUAUUCCACCUCAAAGGAAAGAUUGAACUGUGUGUUUGAGCCAGACUCCUCACAGGUGCACAUGACCUCUGCUGGGAUUGCAGGGUUCACAGCCAUCACAGUAACCAAUCCAAUUUGGAUGAUUAAGACACGCCUUCAACUGGAUGCCAGGAGCCGUGGGGAGCGUCGUAUGAAUACAUUUGAGUGUGUGCAGCGAGUGUAUCAGACAGACGGUCUGCGUGGGUUUUACCGCGGCAUGUCAGCGUCUUAUGCGGGAAUUUCAGAGACUGUGAUCCACUUUGUGAUCUAUGAAAGCAUCAAACGCCGCCUGCUGGAGGCCAAAGCAGCAACACGCAUGGAUGAGGAGGAGGACACAUCGAAGGAUGCAUCUGAUUUUGUUGGGAUGAUGCUGGCAGCCGCCACCUCCAAAACUUGUGCCUCCUCCUUAGCCUAUCCACACGAAGUAAUCCGCACCCGUCUUAGGGAAGAAGGUACCAAGUAUCGCUCGUUCUUCCAGAGUCUCAGUCUGGUGUUUAGAGAGGAAGGAUAUCGAGCUCUUUACAGAGGACUCACCACACACCUGGUCAGACAGAUCCCCAAUACAGCCAUCAUGAUGUGCACCUACGAAUUCGUCGUCUACCUAUUUAAUGGAUGACCUUUAACCCCUCACCAAUGGUUGACUUUGUGUUCAUGGACAACAAAAAAUGUACGGCUGGAAUGUAGAGAUAUAUGAUGUGUGCACAGGAAAGAUAUUUGAAAGACAAAACGAGACAUUGGAAAAGAGUAAUGACAAAAAAGUCUUUAAGAUGAGGCUGCUUUUAAAAGGCUUUGACUAAAGAUGCCGAACAGAUUGCACUUAGACCAAGAAAUGCAAAACAAGAAAGGCCCCAAAUAUUUCUGGUUUUACAGGUGUCGCAUGCAUAGCACACACUUGAACACUGCACACACACAUGUACUUGGACUAUUUAUGCACAAACAAAAAAGAAAAGAAAGGCAAAUGUCGUGAGUAUGAAUGUCUUUUUUUUGUUCUGACACUGUAAAGGUGAGUAUGAGUUAGUGUUCCUACCAGAGUGUCAUAUUUGUGAGUUACAUUCUCUUCUACAUAUUGUAUAAUUGUGUGUGUGUGUGUGUGUGUGUGUGUGUGUUUUCUGCCUAUAUUUGACUUUAACACAUGAAUGUAACAAUUAUUGCAGCAUAAUUAGGUUGUUAGCACACCAACAAAAAAGAUGGAUAUACUCUGCAACAAAAAUACUAAUGAGAAAAGGGAGUAUUAAGUAAAACCAAUACACAAUGUAUUAUGAAAAACAGCCGUUACACUGUAACAGAGGAUGUAAGCAGCCACACAUUGAACACAAAGAUUAGAUCACACAUUCACUCAUGUAGAACUUACAAAAAGAUGCUUUUAUCAAACUGAGGGACAAUUUCAAGCUGUCAGAAUUCAUUUUUCUUUUUAUGAUGCCGUUUUGUAUCUCAUUAUUGCUUGUUUGUGUUUUUAUGAUUCUUAAUGCACAGUGUUUGCGUUUAAAAUGUUUGAUUGUUUUGUUUACAUUCAGUUUGGUAUAAAGGUAAAUUAA